AUGAUGGAUUUGGAGGGCGCAGAGGGUUACAGGCCAUCCGCAGAAUAUGUGGAAGACAGCAAUGAAGCACUCAUUAACUUGACUGACUCAACUGAGCUCUUGUUUCUUAAGUUGCCUUCUUCCAAUGAGUUAGAUGAUGGAAGAGCCGUGUUUGUACCAUUGUCUUACUUGAUGUGUCCAGCUUUGCGGGUACAUCAGUGGCUUAAUUUUCAUGUUAUGUUGACAGGUAAGGUAUAUGAUUUUGUAAGCUAUUCUGCUCAGGAACCAGAUGAAACAGUUUUUAUUUCCUCUACAGAACCAAAAAUUGGAAAGAUUUCAAUGCGAGUUUCAACUGUCCAUUACCCUGAUCCGAAAGAAUUUGAAAAGCUCAAUUCAACCAACGCAAGACAUGCAAAUCGAAAUUCUUCUGGAGUGACAGGGACAACUUCAUCUCGAUAUUUUCCUAUGCAAAGUGGUGGAAUUGCAGCUUCAUCAAAAGCGUUGGCAUUUCCUCUAUGCCCCCAGACAAUUCUCCAGAAGGAAAACCAAAGAGAAGAAAACAUUAGGAAUUUAGGAAUACCUAUAUACCUUGGCCUAUUUUUAGUGUAUUAUUUAAAGGAAAUUUCUGGAACAUACAACAUUUUCCUUUCUCUUAGUGUAAAUACCGCACCACUUCCCCUUCGUCGUCAAUCAUCAAACAAGCAAAGGAUUAGCUGUUUAAGAUCUCGUUACAAUCUGCCAACUUUCAAAUCUCUUCCAAAGAUGUCACUCAUUCCAAGUUUCUUCGGUGGUCGAAGGAGCAACGUCCUUGAUCCUUUCUCUCUGGAUGUGUGGGAUCCCUUCAAGGAUUUUCCUUUUCCCAAUUCCCUUUCUGCUUCCUUCCCCGAAUUUUCCCAGGAGAAUUCUGCAUUUGUGAGCACCCGCGUGGAUUGGAAGGAGACUCCAGAGGCACACGUGUUCCAGGCUGAUCUUCCGGGGCUGACGAAGGAGGAAGUGAAGGUGGAGAUUGAAGAUAAUAAGGUUGUUCAGAUAAGCGGAGAGAGAAACGUGGAGAAAGAAGAUAAGAAGGAUAAAUGGCAUCGCGUGGAGCGUAGCAGCGGGAAGUUCAUGAGGAGGUUCAGAUUGCCGGAGAAUGCAAAAGUGGAGGAAGUGAAGGCUUCUAUGAAAAAUGGGGUUCUCACUGUCACUGUUCCUAAGCAAGAGGUGAAGAAGGCUGAUGUAAAAACCAUUGAAAUUUCUGGUUAA